AUGCAUCCAUCUAUGACCCUCCUCGCAAUUCUCCCACCCCUCGUCCGCGCCUCCAUAGGCAACCCCCACCUCCUCCCCACGCCCCCCAUGGGCUUCAACAACUGGGCCCGCUUCAUGUGCAACCUAAACGAAUCCCUCUUCCUCGACACCGCAGCCGCAAUGCUCGACACCGGCCUCCACGCCGCAGGCUACACCCGCCUCAACCUCGACGACUGCUGGAUGGCAUCCCACCGCGCCCCGAACGGCUCCCUACCCUGGGACCCGACCAAGUUCCCCCACAGCCUCCCCUGGCUCUCUGCGCAGCUCCGAUCCCUCGGCUUCAGCCUCGGCAUCUACCAGGACGCCGGCAACGUCACCUGCGGCGGAUACCCCGGGUCCUACGGAUUCGAGGAACUCGACGCCCACACGUUCGCCGAGUGGGGGGUCGAUUACCUCAAGCUGGACGGGUGUAAUGUCUCCCCUGCCGGGGCCGUGUCGCUGGCGGACGAGUACAGAGCGCGGUACGCCCGCUGGCAUUCUGUCCUCGGCGCCAUGCCGCACCCGCUGGUGUUCUCGGAGAGCGCGCCCGCGUACUUUGUCGACCCGCAGAACGCCACGGCGUGGUAUGGCGUCAUGGACUGGGUGCCGGCGUAUGGGGAGCUGGCGCGCCAUUCUACGGAUAUCCUGGUGUAUGAGGGCGAGGGGAGCGCAUGGCAGAGUAUCAUGGUGAAUUACCGCUAUAAUACGCUGUUGGCGAGGUACCAGCGUCCUGGGUAUUUUAAUGAUCCGGAUUUCCUGAUUGCGGAUCAUCCGGGUCUGAGCCUGGUGGAGAAACGGUCGCAUUUCGCCUUGUGGGCGUCGUUUGGGGCGCCGCUGAUUAUCAGUGCGGAUGUGCCGGGGUUGUCGAAGGAGGUGAUUGCGGUUUUGACCAACGCAGACUUGAUUCGGGUGGAUCAGGAUGCACUGGGAUUGCAGGCGACGCUGGCGAGUCGGAGUGAGCACCUUGAUGUACUGACGAGGAGUUUGGAUGGUGGGGAUCGGUUGGUGACGAUUUUGAAUCGGGGGGAUGGCGGUCUUGCCGUCAAGGUGCCGGUGGGGUGGAUGGGGCUGCAGAGAUGUGCAUACCAGGCGAAGAAUCUCUGGGAUGGAGAAAUACAGGAAAUUGAGGAGGAUAUCGAAGUACAGCUGGACUCGCAUGCUACGGAGGUGUUUAGGGUGUCUCUUCCCCCCGAUUGUCCCAUGGUGAUCCCUACAGGGAUUGUGUUCAACACAGCGUCGGGGAACUGUCUUACGGAUGGCGAGGCUCUGGCAUUCGAGCCGUGCCGGGGACAAGAUUUGCAAGUCUGGCAGGUGGAAGAGUCGGGGAUUCUGCGUCCGCUCUCGCGAACCUCCCACUGCUUGACAGCCAUAGGAGAUAAUGUGGUGGUCAAGCCAUGCACAGGGCGCCCCGGCCAGAGAUGGACAUACCAUAUCACUGGCAACCUGCAAAAUCAGCAUACCGGUGCUUGUUUGACAGAAGGUACAGGCAUAGAUGUCUGUGGAUUUGAGCUGGAUAGCCAGGUAUUCGGUCUGCCCAGUGGAGUUGAUAUUGAAGCGUAG